AGACGACACUUGAGAGAGUCUUUGCCGUCUGAGAAUUUGAGAAUCGCCGGGGAAACGACGCUCUAUAUUCUCCCUAUCAAGAACAAUCAAUCAGUCAGUCAAACGUCGUCGUUUUCUUCAUCAUCUUCUUCGUAUGGAUCCAAUUUUUCAAGCAGUUAUCGCCGCCAUGGCCUGUUUCUUCGUUCUAACAUUAACCUUCAUCGCCAUAUACAUCGCCUGCGGCAAACGCAACAAGCGGCAAUCGCGACAGAUCCGCGGUAAUCGCAUCCGAACAAUCCCUAAUCCUGAUCUAUCAUCCGUCGCCGUCACAGAGAGCGCCUUGUUUGACCCGAGUCUAAAUCAGAUCUCCAUGCACGAGCUUGUUCAGGCAACACAAGACUUCUCCAAGGACCGCAUCGUCGGCGACGGUAGCUUCGGUUUAGUAUACAAAGCUCAGCUACGUAGCGGAGUAACCGUCGCCGUCAAAAAACUCAGCGCCGACGCCUUCCAAGGCUACCGUGAAUUCCGCGCUGAAAUGGAAACCCUAGGUAAACUCCGGCAUCAUAACAUAGUCAAAAUGCUAGGUUACUGCUCAACUGGAUGCGAUCGUGUCCUGAUUUACGAAUUCAUCGAGAAAGGAAGCCUGGAUCAAUGGCUUUACGAUACUUCAUCGGAAACCGACUUCAAUUCUCCGGACGCAGUUCCAUGGUCACCUCUUCCCUGGUCGACUAGAAUCAAGGUUAUGAAAGGCGUCGCCAAUGGUUUAUCCCAUAUGCAUAACCUAGAAGUGCCAAUUAUUCACAGAGAUAUCAAAGCCAGUAAUGUCCUAUUAGAUUCCGAAUUCGAAUCUCAUAUAGCUGACUUCGGUUUAGCCCGAAGAAUCGAGGGGACUCACUCCCACGUCUCGACCCAGGUCGCCGGGACAAUGGGGUAUAUGCCACCUGAAUACAUACACGGGGCCACAACCGCAACUGCCAUGGGAGAUAUCUACAGUUUUGGCGUCUUAAUGUUGGAAGUUGCAACAGGAAUUCGACCCCAUCUCACCUUCAAAGUCAGGGAGGACGAGAAGGAAGUUAGACUGGUUGAUUGGGCUAGGAAAAUGGCGGAAAUGAAUCGAGAAAUGGAAAUGUUGGAUGGAUACAUCGUGAAAGAAGGGUUGAGUGUGAUCAGUGUGGUUGAGUAUUUCAGGAUUGCUAACAUGUGUACAGAUGAAACGCCGAGGAUGAGACCUUUAAUGAGAGACAUUGUCGAUUUAUUGGAUCAAAUUACAGUUACAGUUGUUCGACAACAAGACAAGGAAAUUGAAAAGGAUGUUAUUAUGAAUCAACAUGAAUCACAUUUGGAAGAAGUAUAAGUAAAAUCUAUUAUUGUAAUGAAGAUGUUAGAUAAGUGGUGAAUUCUAUAUUAGAAGAAAAGCAAGUAUUGUUGUUUUA